AGCCACAACAGCUUCGCCCCGUGAGCUUGUUAGCUUUGUGCAUGGCAUCGCAGGCCCGGCAAAGAAAAGGCAAAGUCCCAAAUAAUCCACCUGAGAUAGAUGUCGACCUGCCCGAGUCAGCUUCGGUAGCUAGGAUUGCGGCAGGGCAGCCCACCCCAAGAUCUACAUUGGGAUCGCCAUUGACCUCACAUGCAACCUACAAGAGGUCUGGCGUUGGCGACCUUGGGGCCGGGCCGCGACGACAUAUCUCCCUCUCACAGGUGGAACUUCUACCAUGGCUGUGCUGCAUGGCGCCCGCCAUUUUCCUCUUUGCCACCUAUGCAUUUGUGUUUUUCUCUGUGAUCUUCUCCACAUUCCUGGCUGAACUCGUCACAGCUUUGCUGACUCUAAUCACUUGGCUGUGGAUCAGCAACCUAUCGCUGGCCAGCUUUGCCGGUGUCUUCAAAAUGCGUCAGGCUGCUGCCAUCGAUUGGCAUGCAAAGUUGCACGAGAUGCCAUUGGAUGCACGAGCAGGCUUGAAGCACAUAGUGUUGCUGCCGAAUUACAUGGAAGCCGAAAAGAUGCUAAAGGAGACUCUCGACAACCUGGCACGGAGUCGCUUGGCGAAGUCCUGCGUACACAUCGUCCUCGCUAUGGAGGCGAGGGAAGGUCCUGCUGGACGAGAGAAGGCAGAACGAAUAAUGGCCGAGAAGAAACACCUCUUUGCCGACAUUUUCGCGACCUACCAUCCACAGAACCUUCCUGGGGAAGUGGCUGGAAAGUCUUCGAACACACAAUGGGCCUUCAGAGAGGCUUUGCGCAGAUAUGGAGCAUCCUUGUCCAAGCGGGAUUUGUCUCGCGUAUUCCUCACAGUGGCCGACGCAGACACACUGUUGCAUCCACAGUACUUGAGUGCUCUCACUUAUCAAGGCCUUCUGAUGGACAAGGAGGAACGCUCCUGGACAAUUUGGCAGCCACCAGUUUUGCUUGUUCGAAACAUAUUUUCUGUUCCUGCAUUGACGCGGACAUCUUCACACGCAGCGCUCAUUUUCGAGCUCGCGACACUGGCCAGUCAGCACAUUUUCCCAGCCUUUGCCUACUCAUCGUAUUCUAUGACCUUGGCAUUGGCUUCCCAUCCCGAAGUGGAUGGUUGGGAUGUCGAUGUCAUAGCAGAGGAUCAUCACAUGUACUGCAAGUGCUACUUCGCAGCUCUUUGGGAGCUUUCGCAUGCAAAGAAGGAGCACGAGAAGCAAGUGGGGGAUGGAAACGAAAUCCAGCUGGUUCCGCAGGUUAAGGUGCAAGCCGUUUUUUGCCCUGCUGUCUCCUACUUGGUUGAGUCAACAGAAGGUUAUACGGCUUCACUCUUUGCGAGAUUUCAGCAGGCCAGACGGCAUACGCAAGGGAUCGUCGAGCUGGGAUACGUGUUCUUGCAAUGGUUCCGACUGUCGUCUUCAAUUGGAUUCAUGAAAGUUCCAUGGAGGACGCAUUUCUCCAUCUCCAUGAUUGCUGCCAAGAUGCAUACGAUCCACGUGAUUGCGGUCGCACAGUACGACGGCGUGCAGAACAUGGAGGAGCUCUUCGUGGUCUUCAGUCUUCCAGGCCUGAACCUUCCUCUUGAGAAGGUCCACCAGAUGUGCUUGCUGCAUCGUGACCCGGUGCCGGCUGGAAGGUUUGCCUACUGGAUUUGGCAUGGAGGAUUCUCUGAGCUUUUCCAGGAGCUCUCGAGCAGUUGGUCUGGAAUGAAUGGAGCUGAGCAGGCAUUGUUGGCUGCAAUCAGUCAGAUCUCCGGCAUCAUGCUGCUGUAUGCCUUGACUUGCGCUAUGGUGGUGGCAGAUAUGGUCGAAGGAACCUACUACACCAACGCAGACUCCAAGGCUCCAAUCACAAGUGCUAUGCACAUCAACCCAGUUGCCGAAAGGCAAGAGGAAGACGAGCCUGAGACGCCGAAGGAGCAAGGACCUCCAUCGCGUUUGGAGAUGCCUGGGCUGCCAGAAGGGCGCCGAUCCUGGCUAUGGCGAACAGGGCUCUUUCUCUAUGUCUAUGCUGAUACAAUGCUUUCAGGUUACCCAGCAUGCUGUUGCUGGGGCAUGGUGCCUGGUAUGUUGGCAGGCUGGUCCCUGCUCAGACGCGGGACUGACUUUGAGUACAUUGUGGCAAUGAAACCAGAGUGAGGAAUAGCGACUAGUGGAUCCCUGUUCCUCAAUUAAACAUUUUGGUGCAUGCGAUCUUAUUGGCACGUGCUUAUUUUGCGGUGCAAAUAGUGCACCAUCCAGCCGUGCUUCGCUGGUGGCUGAACAUGGAAUGACCUAACUCUGAGC